AUGAUCUCCCUCGCAGGGAAAUCCGCCCUCAUCACCGGCGGGAGUCGUGGCAUCGGCCUGGCCAUAGCCACCCGCCUGGCCAACGAGGGCGCCUCAUGCCUCUUGGUCGCCCGCAACGCCGACACGCUCAAGACAGCAUGCUCCCAGCUGCCCCAUCCGACCCAGAAAGCAGCAGCAGCAGCAUCACCAUCCCGGCCGCACUCCUUCUUCGCAGGCGAGGCCGGCGACCCGCACACCUGGGACGCCAUCGGGCGCCAGCUCGCGGCAGAUGGGCACGAGGUCGACGUCCUCGUCAACGCGGCCGGCGUCUCGCAGAACUCGCUGCUCGUCCGCACCGACCCGGCCGACAUCGCCGCCAUCCUCGACACCAAACCUGCGCGCCGCCGUGCUGGCGUCCAGGCUCAUCGGCAAGCAGAUGAUGCGCAGGGCCGCCGCCGCCCGCCGGGGCUGCAGCAUCGUCAACGUCUCGAGCGCCUCACGUCCGCCCUUUCCCAAGAGCUGGGCCAGUUUCAGAUCCGGGUGAAUGCCCUCGUCCCGGGCUACAUUCAGACCCAGAUGAUUGAGAACCUCAAUGAGGGCAAGCUCAGCAGCCAGAUUCCACUUGGAAGGGUAGGCAGAGCCGAAGAGGUCGCAGACGCCGCCUAUUUCUUGGCCACAAACUCGUAUGCAAACAACUGCGUCCUCAACAUUGACGGUGGGUUGAGCGCAGCCAACCAAGGUUUCGUAAGCCGCGGCAGUUCGUGA